AUGGUUGAAAUUCGACUCUUGGGGGAGGAUGUUGCCGCUGCCGACAAUCAGUGGCCGCAUCUACCGGUCCCUCGCAACUUCAUAGUCUCUUUCAAGGAGACGAGGAUGGGAGAGAUGCUUGACUUCCCUCCCGCAACAUAUCUCCUCGUGCCGACGGGCACAGGAAGAUAUUACAGACCAAUGGAGGUCCUUGGGGCUUUCCCAUUGGUGUGGAACCACCAAACCCGGGAGUUCCUCAUGCAAGAGAAUCUCUCCCAUCUUUACGGGUCUCCUUUGGCUAAUUGCCUUACGGUGUCAACUCAGCUAGAUCCAGGGUUUGAGAGGCGCGAGGCUGCUGCUCGCGAGGCUGCUGAACGCCGGGCUGCUUCUCGUCAGGCAACUAAUCGCCGGGCUCUCGAAAGGGCUAAUGCUCGUCGGGCUCAGGAACAGGCUGCUGCUGAGAAGGCUGCUGCUGACAAUGCUGCUGCUGAACAGCCUGUUGCCGCCGCUCCUCUCCUCUCUGGCCCUCUCGUCGCCUCUGCCCCUCCUGCCCCUCUCCUCCCUGGCCCUCUCGUCGCCUCUGCCCCUCCUGCCCCUCUUCCUCCUGACCCUCUUCCUCCUGCCCCUCUCCUUCCUGCUCCUCUCGCUCCUGCUCCUCCCGCCCCUGUUCCUCUCGCCCCUGCCCCUCUCCUUCCUGCUCCUGUCGCCGCUGCUCUUGGUGUCCCCGCUGUUGUCGCUCCCGCGGGUGGUGCACCUGACAACCACCAUCAAGCUGGCAAUGGUGAGCCUGUCGAGGGCAGUGGGGCGUGGUGGAGACUAUGGGUGCCUGAUGAAAUCGUUGAUAGAUGGGAGCAGGAGGAGGCAGAGAAGAAAAAUAUCCCAAUCGUAGUCCUAGAAUGA